UACGUUGUGACGUAGGCAGACACCCAUGUGUUCUCAUGGAAGCACCGGAAGCUAAUUGCAGUUACAGUGAACUGUGUGUUUUAUGUCAGAAAACCUUCACAUUUACCUGAGUUGACUUGAUUUUAGGGGAAAUACAUUUGAGGAGACGUUCAAACAUGUCCUCGUUUAGGAAAGCGCUGAAGUCCCGACAGAGAAACCACCAUGAAAGAUCUCAGCCUGGUUUCAGGAAAAAUCUGGGAUUGCUGGAGAAGAAGAAAGAUUACAAACUCCGAGCAGAUGACUAUCACAAGAAACAAAACACCCUUGCAGCCCUGAGGAAAAAAGCUCUGGAUAAAAACCCGGAUGAGUUUUACUUCAAGAUGAUCAGCUCCAAACUGGAGGAUGGAGUUCACAUGAUAAAGAAAGCCGAGGUGGAGGUGACGGAGGAGCAGAAGAAAGUGAUGAGAACGCAGGAUAUCAAAUAUGUGGAGAUGAAAAGAGUUGCAGAGGCGAAGAAAAUUGAACGGAUGAAAGGAGCGCUCCAUCUUCUGGAUGCUGAGAGCAAGCAAAAGAACAAACACACUUUUUUUGUGAAUUCCAAGAAGGAAGUAAAAAUAUUUGACCUGGCUAGCCAUCUGAACACGGCUCCAGAGCUGCUGGACAGAGUUUACAACCGACCGACUCUGCACACGCUGGAGACCAAGAGCAUCCAGGGAGCUGUGGACACUCCAACCCAAGACAAAAUGGCCAGACAAAGGAAGCAUCAGUAUAAGAUGCUGUCUCAGAGGGUUGACAGAGAAAAGAAACUGUUUGUCAUCAGCCAGAAAAUUCAGACUCGUAAGGAUCUACAGGAUAAAACUAAGAAAGUUAAAGUAAAAAAAGAGACGGAAAAUUCUGCAGCUAUCUACAAAUUCGAGGCCAAGAGGAAGCGCUAACUAAGCCUGAGGGGACAAAAUCUUAAAAUGUGAUCACUUCAACAAUAAUGGACUUGGAAGAACAUUUCCUCCCAGCCAAGACAAAAGAAAACGUUUUCCUCAUUUUUGUUAAAGCUGCAGACUAAUGUAUGCAUUUAUGUUAGUUUCAUUUCAAAUAAACAAGUAAAUAGA